AUUCAUGGGCCAGGGAUGACUUAAAUACUAACAAUGGCUUUCAAUAAUGAUCACAUAACAACUGCAGUGCAGCGACUUUUGGAGGAACAUUUCAAUACGUUUUAUCAGAGGUUUGAGUCCUUAGAAUCCCGAGUUGAGGAAAUCCAUUCAUGUGUUAGGAAUCUCCAACAAGACUCUUCUGAGAUUUUGAAUAUUGUUGAAGAUUUGCAAAGUUCUGUCGAUGCCACCAGAAAAACCUCACGUAAGACCAACAACUUAGUACGACGAAUUUCUCAGAAUCUGAAUGGGCCUAAUGACUUUUCCCGACUUUCUCGUCUCAAAAAAAGUCCGUAUGGGUCAGGUGACAGCAUCCAAACUCACUCAGCCUCCAGUGACGAGUCUGGUGAAGCGAUACCCCCGAGGAGAAGUCAUCCUCCAUACAGAUCUGUCGUAGGAAGGCGUAGCCCAAAUAAUCACAGUCCUUCACAAGGCGUGUCAAAGAGGGCAUCGCAGGAGCAACCAAUAACCUUAAGAUACUCACCAUCAGAGCCUGUGAAAUCUUGCCAGAAUGGAGUAUCUUGUGAUGACAAAGGGGAGCUGAAAAAUGAUCUUACUGCAGCUAACCCCCAACCCACAGAACCAGUUGCUCCUCGACCAUCAAGUAGUGAACUGCAGGAGGCAUCUGCUGCCUCACGGCCUCAAGGAGCAGUUAGCUAUGAAAGUCCAGAGCGCUUUUUAGAAUCUAUCAAUAUAGAAAUCAGAGACCAUAAUUUAAUGUCUGCACUAGGAAAGGUAUUCAAAGAUUUUCCCUCCCACCCCAAUUUCCCAACUGGACUCUACACCAUUCUCUUGUUAGAUGUCUCCAACAGUGUCAAUAGUACCAUCUUUAAACAAGUGGAGAAUUUUGUGGGACAAAUGGUGGAUGAUGUGGAAAAUUCAGCUGCAGACCACAACCUUGAGGAAAUGAUUGCCGUACUCACAUUCGGGGGUCACUGUGAGGUCCUACAGCACUUUACCAAUGACUACAUGCCUGUCAAAGAUGCACUGGAAAAGGCCCAUGUUGGCGGAAAAUCUCCCUUGCUGUUCGGGCUGAUCAUGGCUAUGGCUUACUGUAAUAAGUUUGCAAAGCGAGUAAAGGUAAAUGGCCACAUAAUCACCCCCAGAAUAAUAAUUUUUACUGAUGGAUAUGCCACAGAGAGUUUAGAAAAGAAUGCUUGUUUUGGAGGAGAUUAUGAACCUAAUGCUAACAGGGUCCAGUCUGAUUUAUUUAAAUUCCUUCCAGUUCUGGAACAAACUCCAGUCAGUGUUAGCUGUGUAGGUGUUGGUGAGUGCAACCAGGUUUUCCUUCAAGACAUUGCAAAGAGAUGUCAUGGACGCUUUUACUCACUAUCUACCCAGAAUGCACCAAAACUAGGUCGAUAUUACCUCUACCAGGAUCCAGUAACAAGGGUAAAAAGUGCUCUUAGUCAGCCAGGAAAUGCCCAGAGAGAUCUCCAAGACAUUGUGUAUGAAUUCACACAGAAAUCACACUUCAGUGACAUAGACAAGGAGGAAAUUCGGGAGCUGUUAAGGCUUGAUCAUAUCAAAUGUCCAGUUCCUGUUCCACAGCCUGACAACAUAACCCCUAAAUCCCCACCACCAAAGCCUGAAAUUCAGCCCACCCCAAUAGUGUCAGAGCCCCCUCAACAAAGUUCACCAUCUGAACCUAGUAAUAUUCAAGGUGAUUGUAAUAUACCGCCGUCAAAACCACCUGAGAAUGUGAAUAUACCCCCCACACCCUCCACAAUGGAUGUUCUUCCCUCAUCUCCAGAAGUGGAGCGCUCUGAUGGAGAGCUGUUUGAUGAAUAUGGACCGCCCUGCAAUCGAUGUCAUGCAUGGGGAUCACGUGUCAUCAGGGGAGAGAACUGGAAGUGGCAUGAUGAUCAGAAUUCACCUGGAACUGUAGUCGCACACAAAUCUGAGGGAAUGGUUGUUGUGAAAUGGGACUGUGGGUCACAUGGAGAAUACCCUCAAGAUAACCUGUACAAAAUCACUGAACCAAGACGGCUCAAGCAUGGAGAGGUCAUUGAAGUUGGAUGUUCGGUUAAGCGUGGACCUGACUGGAAGAGAGGGGACGAGGAUGGUGGACCAUCAACCAUAGGGACUGUCAUCCGUAAACACAAGAACAACACUGUCUCAGUGGUCUGGCCGAUUGGUAUUGUUGAUCGUUACAGUUUUGGAGAAAGAGAAAAAGAAGUGGAAGUGGUGAGUAGUGACGCGGCAUCUCCUCCUCCAAUGCCUUUUGCAGAGGGGCCAAGGGAAUCCGACACAAGACAACCUAUGGAAGGAGAAGUUAUACUUUGGCAGUGGAUUGACGAAACAAAUAUGCUCCAUACACUCUCAAAAGAAGAGUCAGCAAAGCUGGAAGAUGUCUACCAGAAGAAAACUGGAACAACACUUGUAGGAUACAAGGGUCUACAACUCCGCUGCCAGCCCACUCAGAUGAAGUAUAGGGAUUGUGGGGGAAAGAGUAGAACUGGAAAAUUGAUUCGUAAAGUGUGCAAUCACGAUGAAGCUGAAACAUAUUAUUGCAUUGAAACAUUGUAAUAACAAUGAAGAAGCAUUAGGAACUGCUAAAAUACAGCUAGUAUAUGGAACCAUUCAUAUUCUGGUGGCUUAAAGCAUAAAAUGAAAAAUACAAGGCAGAUUUCUAGUACAAAUAUUUUAUUUUUAAGACUGGUGUUUUGGUAUAGUCAGAUUUAUGAUUCUUUUUUCUCAGAUAUUCUGAUAUCUACAUCAUAUGUGAUUACAUUUAUGUAUAGCUUAUAUUUCUAAUCAGGAACCAUCUAUUUUGUGUAUUUGCAAAAAUUAGUCGUCGGGGAUAGAUUUCAAACUGACAAGUAAAGCUGUCUGUAAAAAUUUAUCAUUGAACAACAAAAAAAAUUGACUGCAUAUAAAUAGGUAUCACAUGUAAAGAUGUGAUGAAGUUUCAAUGCUUCAUCUUUACAAUAUUUAUCUGAACAAUGUUGUUCUUAUUUUAGGAUUUCAAUAUUUCACUGCUCAGUGCCUGCAAAACAAAUGUAUAUUCUUGUAUUAAAAGUAUGAUUAAGUGUUUGUUAUGCAUGACUCUCUUUGAUAUUAUUUGCUAUUUAUUAUUUAUACAGCAAAUUGACUGAACUUUUUUUGGUUGCUGCUGUAGGUUCAGUAUUGUACAUAUGUAAUUUUGAUAGGAUUCAUUUUUAGUCACUUGGACACAAUGCUUCAAGUAAUUGUUAUUCAUAAAUGCCACCAAAAAAUGAUGUUAUAUUAAUACAUUACAUAGAAAUAUUGAUACCGCUGAUUCAUGAUUAUGCAAAGCAGUCCCUUAUCACAGGUGCUUGUUUCAUAGGGUAUGCUAGACUGUUCAAGUCUUACAGAACAAGGAUACUGUAUGAAACAAGCAAAUGUGUUCUUAACCUAUAAUUAUGCUAAAUUUGGAAUGUGCACCAACAAUAUUUAAGCUGAAGGAAUUUAUUUUAGUAUUCAAUAUUUUGUGUACAUUAAAAAGGACGUGUAUUUGAUGUUACUUGUAAUUCACUAUAUCCUAAUGAGUAAACUUUAUUAAUUAGUACUUCAAAGGUAAAAUAGAGACUCUGUUAUAAAAAUGUUCACUAUAAUUUUGGAUGGCAACGAUUAAUUAAACAUCACUUGCAUUAAUAUUAUUUUAGCACCUUUAAAUAUUUUUUAUUCACUAUUUAAUCAUUGUUAUUUUAUGGGGAGGGGGGUUAUCAAAUAAGAAAGAUGGAAUAUGUGUAAGUUGCAUCAACUCAUGUACCAUACA